UCACGUGGUUGGUGUCAAAGCUCCGGGACAUAAAAUCAGCUCUCCCACUGAACUGAACACUUCAUCCAUGAGCAGCUUCUUACCCAUGUGCUCCUCGCAAAUACUUUUAUUCGACUCAAAACAAAUGUAGUGUUUUAAUCAAAGGUCUAUUAUCGUCUUUUGGGUGAAUUAGUGGAGACGAUGUUGGAAACGCUGUGUGUAAAAGUGUACAUCACCUUUACAUAUGUGACGCUUAUUAGACGUGAGGGCUGUCCCUGUGUCCAGCUGAGAGACACUGAGAGACCGAAGCGGUGUGAGGACACAACAGGAGACAGAGGCGGAGUUUUUCUGCUUCCACUCAGCUUCUCCCCGGUCUCCAUUCAGUGACCGGAGCCGAGCCGAGCUCGAACGACGAAGGUAAGACAUUUCCACAUCUGAACUCAUGGCUGCACUGUCCCCGGGUCUGAAGAGCUGACGCCGCUGGUGACGUGACUGCGAGAGAAACCGCAGGGUCUGCAGAAAGCAGUCCGGACGGAUGUUUUCAUCACGAGUUGUAAGCCUCCUGUCCAGCAGCGGCGGCUCUGCGCUCGGCUAACUGCUAAACACAGCUCCCCAUGAAAACCAGUUCCCGAACAUUGUCCUGGUUAAAGCCGACCUGUGUCUGCGCCCCAGCUCCCAGCAGCCCGCUGUUGUUUACCUGUUGGAGCUCCUGAAGUAACAAGAACACUUCCUGUGAGGCGAGCUGAGGUGGGACGUGGACCUCUACGUUCCUAGAACCUGCUGUAAUGGCUCGAUACCUGAAGUAUUUCACCACUGUUGGUGAUGAGCAGCCUGGUCAGUGGGAAGAGGAGCUGCAUGCGGACAGCGAGGAGCUGAGCCCGGCCACGGGACUGUUCCCACAAACACUGACCUUCAGGGAUUCACUGAAGAGACUCUACAUCUCUGAUCGGUUCCAGGUGUUGGUGGUGUGUUUGGUCCUCCUGGAUGCCAUCUUUGUUCUGGCAGAGCUGCUUAUUGAUCUGUCUGUUAUCCAGCUGGAACAUGGCCACCUUGCUCCUGAGGUGUUUCAUUACCUGAGUCUGGCUCUGCUCACAUUCUUCUUGGUGGAGCUGGCUGGUAAGCUUUUUGCUUACCGCCUGGAAUUCUUCCACCACAAGUUUGAAGUCUUUGAUGGUUUGGUAGUGGUGGUGUCCUUCGUGUUGGACAUUGCCUUCAUUUUCCAUGAGGAUGCCUUUGAUGGGAUGGGUCUCCUCAUCCUACUGCGACUCUGGAGGGUGGCCAGAAUUGUCAAUGGAAUCCUGGUGUCAGUGAAGACCCGUGCAGACCAGAGGCUCCACAAACUGAAGGAAAGCUACGACCACCUCGUUCAGAGAGUCACAGAGCUACAGGAGCGCACCGAUAAACUGGAACAAGAGAAACAGAAACUUGAAGACCUCCUGAAGAAGCAUGGCAUAGACUUCUAACUCAUCAAAGUAACUUCGGUGGAGUUACUGUUUAAUGUCAUUUAUAUUAUGUUCCUUUCUGCACCAUUGUUUUUAAUUUUCAAACUAUAUACUCCUUCAUAAACUUUUAUUGUAGACCUGAUUUCAGUCCUACUACCUGUUCACAGAAGCUUUACAUCAACUGUACAGUUAGCUGUAG